AUGGCCCUGGGUCUUCUGUGGCUGUGCCUCACACUACUGUGGACCCCCAAGACGCAGGCUCAGAAAUUCCCCUUUGAAGUGAAGUCGCAACCAUCUCUGAGCAAGGCCUAUCUGAUGUCAAACUUUCAGCCUCACCAGUUCCAGGGUGUGUGGCAUGUCAUAGGAUGGGCACAGAACACAAAUGUGAAUGAAAGCUUAAGCCACAUGAACAUGUACCACCAGAACUUUGAGCUGAAGGAUAACGGCACCUACAAUGUCACCUCCUGGUGGCUCAGUGAUCAGGGAUGCAUUCCCUAUGUUGACACUUUUGUCCCAACUGACUUGCCUGGCCAGUAUAUCUUGAAGGAUGUUACACGUUAUAAGGGAUUACAGAACCUCACCAUGAGAGUAAUGGAUUCGGACUACAAAAGGAAUGCUAUGGUGUUCUAUGAAGCAAUUGUUAAUAACAGUGUAUACAUUGAGUGUGUCCUUUAUGAGAGGAAUAGAUGGGUAAAUGGUGAACUAAUAUGGUACUUCACUGGAAUCACCAUGGAUAUGGGCUUCCUAUUUGAAAACAUCGACUCCACCAUCCUCAAACGUUCCCCCACCUUUACUUAA